CGGUCUUUUGUGAUUGACAGACUCAGUGAGGGCCACAAGUCGAAGGUAUUGAAGCAGUGUGACCUGAAAAUCUUCCCGAAAAAAAUCUCCAAUUCCCAGCAAAUUGUCGGUAUUUUUUGUGCCCCUCUCACCGUGCCUAUCUCUAUUCCACCCAGAUCGUGAAAUGUGUGAAUUCAACACAGGCCAAGUGCUGUUUUGAAGUGUGCGGCGUUCGAGUGUGUGGGAUUGUGGGCUUGGAGAUUGUGUGUGCGUUCUGGGGGGACUGCAUUCGCCUUGCGGACUACAAUAUAAUGUAUUUUUGUUAAGAGGCAAGCUCGUCAGUUAGUCGUGGACUUGGGUUGGUGCGGUUGAGUUUUGUUGCUCCUCCGGGUUCUUUGCUGUGCAAAAUUCCUGCCGCUUCGUUUUUUUGGUGUCAAGUCACCAAAUAAAUCUUCUAGAAAGCGGAUAGUGAUUUUCAAAGGGAGAUCAGCAAACAGUGAUCUUGUGGCAAUUUAAGGCUCUCUCGAGAUCGCGCAUUCUUCAGUAUUUCAACGGAGAGAAUCAGCAUAUUGAUAAAAGUGUACGGCCUCGUGGGUGAACGAUGACGGACAAGAUAAAGGAAGAGAAGCCGCUCAAUGGCGAUGAAGCCAUCACACUCCCCGAAAGGCCGCAGAGACCGAUGACUUUCUGCCAGAGGUUUUCACAGUUCCUCUCGGUUUACUGGAGAUCUUUGGUCGUGGUGUUCACGCCUUUCCUCCUCCUACCCGUCUUUCUGCUCAACGAGGGACCGGCCUACAAAUGCAUGUACGUUGUGCUUCUGAUGUCGGUUUACUGGGUCACAGAAGCUCUGCCCUUGGCCAUUACUUCUAUGAUCCCAAUGGUCCUCUUCCCCAUCAUGGGCGUCCUAGACACCGAAAGGACUUGCAUGAUGUACAUGAAGGAAACCAUGCUGAUGUUCAUUGGUGGACUGAUCAUCGCUCUGGCUGUGGAAUACUGCAAUCUGCAUAAAAGAGUGGCUCUCAAGGUGAUCUCACUGAUCGGAUGCAGUCAAAGAAGAUUAAACUUCGGUCUCAUCACCGUUACAAUGUUCGUUUCAAUGUGGAUUUCCAACACUGCAGCCGUGGCGAUGAUGUGUCCAAUUAUGCAGGCUGUCUUGGAAGAACUUGAAGCUCAGGGCUUGUGUAAGAUGUUCCUUGACAAGCCAAAGACUGCUGAAGAGGAAGGUAUGCUGGGCAAGGACAAGGUUGAUGAUGAACCCAAGAAACCCUCGAAGACAACGAUUUGCUAUUUCGUCGGCGCGGCUUACGCCUCAACUCUCGGAGGCUGCGGAACUAUCAUUGGAUCUGGUACUAACCUCACCUUCAAAGGCAUCUACGAGAGUCGCUUCCCUGACGCUCCCGGUCUGGACUUCCCCAAGUGGAUGUUCUACAACGUCCCUGGAAUGCUGAUCUUCACUUUCUUGACUUGGGCUUACUUGCAGUGGGUUUACAUGGGACUCUUCCGUCCCAACAGCCCUGAAGCCAAGGCCUCGCAGCUCGGAAAGGAAGGCGAAGCUGUGGCCAGAUCCGUCAUCGAGACUCGCUACAAGGAAUUGGGCCCCAUGAGUUCUCACGAAAAGGCUGUGGCUUUCCUCUUCCUUCUCUCGGUCGUGCUCUUCUUCACGCGCGCGCCAGGAUUCAUGACUGGCUGGGCCGAGGCGCUCACGGACAUCAAAGUCAAGGACGCAACGCCGGCGAUCUUCAUCGUGAUUGUGCUGUUCAUCAUCCCGGCCAACUGGAAGUUCCUGAACUACUUCAAGAGCCGCGCCACGGCCGCCAUGCUGCCCAAGACGCCGACUCCUGGUCUCAUCACAUGGAAGUACAUCCACACCAAGGUUCCAUGGAGUCUCAUUUUCCUACUGGGCGGUGGAUUUGCGCUGGCCGAAGGCGGUCGCGAGUCUGGAAUGUCUAAGCUCCUGGGCAACUCUCUGUCUGGCCUGAAGACUCUGCAACCUCUUUUGCUGCUCUUUGUCGUCUGUCUCACUGCUUCUUGUCUCACGGAAUUCACCUCUAAUGUUGCUAUCGCUAACAUUAUGCUGCCAGUGCUGGCGGAAAUGGCCAUCGCCAUUGAAGUUCAUCCGCUCUUCCUGAUGUACCCAGCUGCCUUGAGCUGCAGCAUGGCUUUCCACAUGCCAGUCGGAACGCCUCCGAACGCCAUCGUCGCGGGAGUUGGCAACAUUGCCACUAAAGAUAUGGCCAUCGCCGGAAUUGGACCAACGAUCUUCACGCUGAUCGUUGUGUGGGCCAGUUUUCCCACUUGGGGAGCCGUUGUCUAUCCAGAACUCGCCACUUUCCCUGACUGGGCAAGACACGGUGUUGUCGAGGAGGUCGUCGCAGCAGUCAAUUCCACCCUCACAUAGGAAGUUCACAGCCCUCAAAACUCUCUUCAGGAGCGUCAAAGGAAAGUUUAGUCGCUGCAUUUGUCUCAUGAGGAUUUGGCAGAAUCGGCACGAUUUUCAGUGUGCCCAUUGUGUAGUGUCCAAACCGACUUCUUAUCUUAUUGUUUAAGCAAAUUUUAGAAGCGUGGUGAGAAACACCCCAAAAACUAUUUAAAUGCGACGUUAUUCUUAGCAUUCAGCAGAUCCUUUUGCCUUCAGGUGCGCGUGUCCUUUAAUUAAGUGCAAUUAGGAUUCAUCUUAUGUAUAUUCAGAUCACUCAAUGUGCGAAAUGACAUUUUGAACAUUUGCUCUUCGGUGCGGGCUUUUCCCACAUUUUUGUGGGAAAACGACCCCAAUUUGGGAAGAUGGCGAGAAAUAUGUUUUAGCAAUAAUAUUCUUAUUAAAUUAAUAGUAGAUUCACAUCAUGAAAGCAUUUACUUAAGCUGGCGUCUUGAAGAAAGAGUACAGAAUACUAAUAACUUGAAAUGAGGAGAAAACUCAAGGUCUGUCUUCCAUAUGUUCCACCCAGAUUGUUCAGCACACACUUUGGGUGUUGUUUUACUUGGAUUUUAUACUGGGGAUUUCAGCCUGCAAAUGAAAUUGAAGUGUCUUUAGCAAGAAAUAGAGAAAUGAUGGCAUUCAAGCAUGAAAAAGUGUGUUUGUGGACAAUAAAGUCACUUUUUCCUGUAUGCUCAAAUGUUAUAGAAUGUACAUAUUUUUUCUAUAAUGAAAUGUGAAAUAUUUUUGUAAUGAAACCGAUGAAAAACCAUGUUUACAGAGACAUUUUCAGGCGGAAUUUUAUGUACACAGGAAAACACCGAUAUUAAUAAUUGUUAAAGUUGUCACAGUGAUAUAGAAGUAGAAUAUUUAGCGAAUAAAGAAGGAGUAUCUAAAGGAAA